CGUCCAUCCCUGUCAGGCACCUCGAGAUCUGAACCACGCAAAGGCUGGAAGGGGGAGGCCAAGGAGGAGCUUCGGCAAGCGCCACUGGCCAGAGGAAAGCGGCAGGAUGGGUCUCUCCUCCCUCCAGCAAAAGGCGAAGCCGCAGCCGGUGGCGGUUCAGGUGCGGGUGGCUCCGCACCCUGCAAAGUCCAUUCCUCCCCUUCCGGCGUCUCUCGGAGCUGCGCCUGCUGCCGGCAAUGGAAGGGGCCGCCGCUACACGGUGAGCAGCACCUGUGGUGUCUCCCGAGGACGUGGGCAGUUAGGAGUGAUGGGAAAGGCAUUUUCGCCGAGCCGUUGUGAGCUACUUUCAACAUCCAAGUAGACUUGUAGUGAUUUGUACGCAGGGAUCCUUUUCUACCAUGUCAGAGUUCUGGCUAAUCUCAGCUCCAGGGGAUAAGACAAAUUUGCUUGCCUGGGACAGAAUGAACACCGUGACUUCGAAAGCCAACCUAUCCAGCAACAGCAAGUUCGCCAUUCCUGACCUCAAGGUAGGAACUCUGGACACACUGGUUGGCCUCUCAGAUGAGUUGGGAAAACUCGAUAGUUUUGCUGAAAGUGUAAUAAAGAAAAUUGCCCAGUAUAUUGGAGAAGUUUUAGAAGAUUCAAAAGAUAAAGUACAGGAAAAUCUGCUGGCCAAUGGAGUUGACCUGAUUAGUUACCUGACAAAGUUUGAAUGGGACAUGGCCAAGUAUCCAAUAAAACAGCCACUGAAGAACAUUUCAGAAGGAUUAGCAAAGCAAAUUACACAAAUUGAAGCAGACAUGAAAAGCCGAGCAGCUGUCUACAACAACAUCAAAGGAAAUCUUCAGAAUCUGGAAAGAAAAACGAUAGGAAAUCUUUUGACCCGAACAUUAACCGAUAUAGUGAACAAGGAAGACUUUGUGUUGAACUCCGAAUAUCUCAUCACUCUCCUUGUUGUAGUUCCUAAAUCAGGCUAUGUGCAAUGGCAAAAAACAUAUGAAUCACUCUCGGAUAUGGUGGUUCCUCGCUCUACGAAGAUGAUCGCUGAAGACGCUGAAGGAGGGCUCUUCACAGUCACCCUGUUCCGAAAAGUGAUUGAUGACUUUAAGACCAAAGCCAGAGAGAACAAGUUCAUGGUGCGGGAAUUUUAUUUUGAUGAAAAAGAACUGAAGUGUGAAAAGGACGAAAUGAGGAAGUUAGCUUCUGAUAAGAAGCAACAGUAUGGUCCUCUGUUGAGAUGGUUAAAGGUGAACUUCAGUGAAGCAUUUGUGGCUUGGAUCCAUAUAAAGGCACUAAGAGUUUUUUCAGAAUCUGUCCUCAGAUAUGGAUUACCAGUGAACUUCCAGACAAUGCUACUUCAGCCUAAUAAGAAAUCCAUGAAGAGGUUGAGAGAAGUACUAAAUGCAAUUUUCAAGCAUCUGGACGAAGUAGCAGCAGCCAGCCUAAUGGAUACUUCAGUUGACAUUCCUGGCUUGCAGCUAAGCAAUCAAGACUAUUACCCCUAUGUCUAUUUCAAGAUUGACCUCAGUCUUCUCGAUUCCAGCUAAAGUUUGCUGGGCCAAGUGUGACUUGUUUUUCAGUAUUGUUGGAUAUGAUUGUGAACGAAAUGUCACCCACUCAAGCUGUUUUGUUUUUAAUACAAAUAUAAUAGGAAUGUGGCCCUUUCCAUGCAGAAAGAGCAAGUAAUUUUAAGCACCUGUUAACUGUAGUUCCUAGAUUUGGCUUAAUGAUAAGCAGACUAAGUGCUUUUUACCAUUUUAACAGUUAAAAGAUCCUGGAAGCUUUUUCCUGAUUAUAUUAGAAAAGAUGCUUUGCAAGGUAUUGUGUUAUAAUUGUAUUUAUUGUAAAUAACCCUGAUCGUCUAGGGUUUUAAAAAAAUUUAAAAAGUAGUUUAAGGUAGAAAUAUCCUGGAGUCAUACAUCUAAUUUGUUUAAUGUAUUGAUUCAGUCAAUACAGCAGUUACACAUUAAAAUAGGAGGAAAUGUGUUUGGGAAAUUAAUUUUAAUUUAACUAGUUGCUUCAGUUUAGCAUGUAAGAAAUCCAGAUAAAAAAUUUUAAUCCCUUUUUUCAGUGAAACAGCUUUCCCUUCCACUGAAGACUGACUCACUGUAGACAUAAUACAGAAUUUGAAAUCUCAUUUUUUUUCCAGUUUGUUGAAAGUACUAUGGUCUUUUAAGUGUCCAACGUGGAUUAGAAUAAAUGGCAGCACUUCCUCUCACCACCAUUGGUUGACAAUGUUACAGUAUAGAUAAACCUCCUUCAAUGCUGCUCAAAGGGUAGUUUACAAAAAAAAAAAAAGUAAAGCCUAACAAAAAGCUCCAAUGAUGCUGGAGCCUUGGAGGCCCUAGAGCAGGGGUGUCAAACUCGUAACAUCACGUGACGUGAUGUAUUUCAACUUUUUUGCCAUUGCCAGCAAUGGGGUGGGUGUGGUUUCGCUAUGAUGCAUCCGGCCCAUGGGCCGGCAGUUUGAUACUCCUGCCCUAGAGUAAAGUGAGCCUUUUUUUAAAAAAGAGAAAUACUGCUUUUUGGGGAAGGAGAAUAUAACACUGAUACUUGGGAUUUUUCUUAUAUCCUUCCAAAGAAAUCACGUCUUCUGUUAUAGGAGUAUUAUACUUUACAAUUUAAUAUUAUACUAAAAUUAGUCUCAAAUCAUAA